AUGACCAAUACAGAGCGUGGCACCAAUGUAACAGUGAUAGCAGCUAUUAAUGCUGGUGGAGGUUACAUCCCCCCUAUGAUAAUAUUUCCCAGGGUAAAUUACCGUGAUCACAUGAUCAAAGGAGCUCCAGUUGGUAGUAUCGGAGGCGCCAAUCCCUCCGGAUGGUCAAAUGAAGAGCUUUUUGUUCAAUUUCUCUUACACUUUAUAAAGCAUUCAGGUGCUAGUAUUGAGAAUCCAGUAAUUUUGCUGCUUGAUAACCACGAGUCACAUAUCUCAGUUGCAGCUAUUCAGACAGCAAAAAGCAACGGUGUAAUAAUGGUUACCUUUCAUCCGCACACCUCACAUAAGAUGCAACCAUUAGAUGUAGGUGUUUUCGGCCCCUUCAAAACGUUUUACAACAAAGCAAUGAAGGACUGGACGACCAGACCAGAGAACGUUGCUAAGCCAGCUACUAUCUAUGACAUUCCUGAGCUAGUCAAUCGUGCCUUUUUAGAAGCAUUUACACCCAAAAAUAUCUUGGCUGGUUUUGAAAAAAAACUGGAGUAUCGCCUUUGA